ACAAUAUGAGAAUAGUCUGAUAGUAGUAUUAGUAGUAGUAGUAGUCUGAAGGAGGAAGCAAGAGGUAUUUUCCUUUUAGCUCCGUGAAGAUGCCUGGAAAGGAGAGUAUCACUCUGCUGGAGGUGAAGCGCCACAGAGAGACCAUGUGAGGAGGAGGCAACAGAGGGAAGUUCAACUCAACAAGAAAGCAAACACAGAAGGAGUCCUCAUGGCUUCAGCUCCAGCACUUGCCCUUCUCAUAUUCUUGCACAUCACCCUUUUUAUUGUUAGUCCGGAUACAGGAAAAGCUGCUGAAGGAGUCGCCAGCGUACAAAGAGCUACAGCUCCAGGGGACUUCAUCAUUGGAGGAAUGUUUCCUAUUCAUGACGACGUAGAGAGAAGGGGAAACUCACUUAGACCGACGAUACUGCCCUGUAUCAGGUUUAAUGAAGAAGCCCUGGUGAAGUCACUGGCUAUGAUCAAUACUAUAGAGGUUAUGAAUAAAUCACCUCUGAUGACCUCCGUUAACAUCACUCUGGGCUACCGGAUCCUGGACUCCUGCGUUGAUGUCAGCACAGCUCUGAGAGCCACGGAGGACUUCUACCUGGAGACUGACUGCUACAAAGACUGCAACACCUCCGCCUGUGACCAGCCAGUCAUAGCCGUCGUCGGCGCCUCUUACUCCGAAAUAUCAAUAGCCACCGCCAGACUCCUGACGCUUCAGAUGAUUCCUCAGAUCAGUUAUUCUUCCACCGCCGUCAUUCUGAGCGACAAGAGCCGUUUCCCGGCCUUCAUGAGGACAGUUCCCAAUGACGAGCACCAGACGGCUGCCAUGGUAACUCUACUUAGCAACCACAAGUGGAACUGGGUUGGAGUAGUCACUACAGACGGGGAUUAUGGCAGAUCAGCUCUGGACCACUUUGUUACCAGGGCCGCUAAAAAUGGGAUCUGCGUGGCCUUCAAAUCAGUCUUGCCUCAGUCUGUAUCCAAUCAGGAUGUAAUGUCCGCUAUCAGAGAGGCGGCUGAAACCAUCACCAACAGUCCCAAGGUACAGGUCAUUCUGUCAUUUGCCAAACCAGCGCACAUGACGUAUCUUUUCCGGGAGCUUAAGGAGCAAACGCUGAGAGCGGGACAGAACCUGGAGUCCAUGAGAAGAGUAUGGGUGGCCAGUGACAGCUGGUCCUCCUCCAGCAUUGUAUGCAAAAACACGACUCUGGAGGAAAUAGGACACGUUGUGGGCUUCAACUUCAAAAUGGGAGACAUGUCAUCGUUCGCUGAGUAUCUGAGCAGGCUUGAGACAGCUGAACAUAACCACACAACCAAUAACUCCUUCCUGCAGGAAUUCUACAUGCAAUUUAACGGCACCAAAGGUCCCGCAGACCCCGAGCUGGCAUCUAAAGCUGUGAACACCCUCAGAGAACAUAUUCAAGCCGACACUAUAUUGGGUGUUGAGAUGGCGGUGAGCGCCAUCGCCCAUGCUGUGGCAUCCAUUUGCGUUAGCAGAGAUUGUGAAACACCUGGCAAAGUGCAACCGUGGGAGGCUCUGGAAAAACUACAGAAGCAGGAAUUCAAACUCAGAGAAAAGAGCUACAAGUUUGACAAGAACGGAGACAUCAACCAGGGCUACGACGUGGUAAUGUGGAGGAGUGAUGGAAGGAACAUCUGCAUCCAUGAUGUUGUGGCUGAGUAUCACCCGCAUAACAACACCUUCACCCCCAUCCGCCACAGCACCUUGAAUCUGUUCCUGGACCUCCGGCACAUCGUCUCAAAAUGUUCCAAUAGCUGUGUCCCUGGAGAGUUCAAGAAAACCGUUGAGGGUCAACAUACCUGUUGUUAUGAGUGCAUCAACUGUACUGAGAACUACUACUCUAAUGACACAGAUAUGGACCAGUGUCGGAGCUGUGACACAAACACAGAGUGGUCUCCUGAGGGAAGCUCCAGCUGCAUCCCCAAGACCGUGCGCUUCUUCUUCUGGCAGGACGGCUUUGCUGUGGUCCUGGUGACUUUCGCUGCUCUGGGUAUCCUCCUGACUCUGCUGGUGUCGGCUUUGUUUCUGCACCAACGCGACACCCCCGUCGUGAAGGCUGCUGGGGGCCCGCUGAGCCAGGUCAUACUGUUCUCUCUGGUCGUCAGUUACAUCAGCGUCAUGCUGUUCGUAGGCCAGCCCAACGAUUUACAGUGCAAGGCUCGGCAGGUGCUCUUCGGUGCCAGCUUCACCCUGUGUGUCUCCUGCAUCCUGGUCAAGACGCUAAAAAUCCUGCUGGCCUUCCAGUUCAACCCAGAGCUGCAGGCGAUUCUGCGGAAGCUUAACCACCCUUACAUCAUUGUUACAGUCUGCAUGGCCGGACAGUUUGUCAUCUGUGUCUGCUGGCUGGUCUUCAAAAGCCCAUUUAAGGACGUCACCAGGCAACCGACCGCUUUGUUGAAGGAGUGUAACGAGGGCUCAUAUUUAGCCUUCGGAGUCAUGCUGGGCUACAUAGCUGUCCUUGCCUUUGUGUGCUUCAUCUGUGCCUUCAAAGGGCGCAAACUUCCACAGCAGUACAACGAGACGAAGUUCAUCACCUUCAGCAUGCUCCUCUACCUCAUCUCCUGGCUGCUCUUUGUUCCCGUCUACGUCACCACUUCGGGCGUGUACCUGCCAGCCGUGGAGAUGGUGGUCAUCCUCAUCUCCAACUACGGCAUCCUCAGUUGUCACUUCUUUCCUAAGUGCUAUAUCAUCCUUUUUAAGAAGGAGCAAAACACCAAGAGCGCUUUCAGGAAGAAAUUGUAUGAAUAUUCCAGCAAAAGUGCAAUUACAGAGUCAGAGAGUUCGGGAUCUCAGCAACAGGUCAAUCCUCCGGUCUUCGUGCUCGGAGCUAAUUCUCUCAAAUCUGUUGUGACGGAAAACUGCAUAGAAAACUGCAUAGACCUGCCCAGGAGCACGAGUUCGCAACAUCUGAUCCCGCGACUCCGCCACGAAAGAAGCAACAGCAUAUAAAUGAUUAAUAUUUAAAAUGGCUUGACAGAAAUAAUUUAUAUUCAGCUGUAUAUUUUUUUUAUUGUAUUAAAACAGUGAAACAGUAAAACUGUUAAUGGACAUGUGAUGUAAUGGAUUUCACUUUGCAGGCAGCCAUCAAGACAUCGCUGAAAUGUUAAGUUCAUUUUUCAAGUUUACUGGGAAAAUGUUUAAAAACCGUCAAAAGCGCACAAGCCUUUAGGCAAAAAUCUUGAACUGUUUCUGUUGUAUUGCUUGAAAAUAAUGUCAAAUACUUCCUGUCCGUAUGGUAUUUAAAGUGUCAUAAGGGCUUUAUGACAAUCUGUUACAGCUACAGCAGCCAUGUUAAUUUGCUAAAUCACAGAUGCAUGCAACAAUUGAUUGAAUAUGGAUCACACAGUUUACAUGAAUUAAUGUGUCGAUAAGUCUGAAAUUUGCUUUCAUUAUGUUGACGAUAUAAAAGAGAAACAUAAGUAAUUUUAUUCAAAAAACGCUAAAGAAAGACAAGUGGACUUGUAGAGUUUCUUAAAGAUGUUUCAUCCAAGUUACUUCUUCAGUUUAAAGGACCUUUUGGAGGAGGUUUAAAUGUGAACAAUUGCACAUGACUACUCCUCUUUCUCCAGUGAAUGCUAAUUAUUAGGUGUGAAUGGGAGGUGAAUUUUCUUGGGAACAGGUGUUAAGACGGUUUUGCUGACUGAUUAUAUCUGAGUCCACCUCCCCUUCUCAGAGGAGGAUUUUCAAGUUUGACACAGAUGGCUGUUUAGAUUUUACUCCUCUUUCUGUCUCAGUGUGCUACUGGAUUUUAAUGUGAACAGGAAUGCUGUGUUUCUUGAAAAUCUUUCUGAUACUCCAGACGUAUGGGGGACAGAAAUGUUCCUGCUGUCGUCUCUCAGCAUUCUGGGAAAUCGUUACGAUAAAUUCAAACACGAGCAAUAAAUUAAAUAUUUGUCAGUGUAUGAACCAUGAUUUUUUUCAUCAUUGUAUACAAGUCAAAACUUUUUAAACACUUUAAACUAUUACUCUUGAUGAAAGUCAAGUCGACGCCAACGAGUCUCUGACAAAAACACAGUAGAGAGUAAUGUUUUUUGUCAAUUACAUCUUUAUUCUUCUCAAAUGCUGAGAACAGACAGCUCAUGUGCUACUGUGAGUUGCACAUGUGUAUAGCCUGUACAAAAACAGGCUUUUAAGGUGGGAUAAUUAAAUAAAAAUGCUGUAUUUUUCCAUG